AUGUUAAAUUUUUCUUUCCUAUUUUUCCUUUCAUAUGCUAUUAUCUAUAAACCUUACCUGUGUAAGAAUUCUAAAGAGAAAUAUCAUGACCAUUUAAUAAGAGAUUUCACCCAUUCAAAGGAUGAUUUAAUAAAUAGAUGUUUAGAAGUAAAUAAAGGUCUAACGUAUUAUGAAGAGUUAUUAAAAAAUUAUAAAUAUGAUACAAAUUGUUUAAAAUAUAAAUAUAUAGGUAAUUAUGUUUUGGAGAAAUAUCAAAUGAAUGAAUUUAAUUGUUACGAAAAAAUUCAAAAACCUUUAUGUAAAUUAAAUUAUAUAAAUAAAGAAAAUGUAGUUGAUGUGAAAAACAAUAGUGAAGAAAAAAAGGAAAAAAAAGAAUAUCAUUUAUGGGGAAAUAAUUUGAAUAUUAAAAUUUCUAAAUGUCAUAAUAUUAAAAAGUUUUUUGUACAUUUAAUAAAUAGAUGUAUUAAUAAUCAUGAGGAAGAUUCUUUAGUUCAUUGUGCUUCGUUUGAUUAUGAAAAACAUAUUAUACUGGAUGGAGACAUAUUUUGUAAAAGUUCAUUUGAACAAAUUAAAGUAGAACCAAAUUUUAAUAAAAAUUCAAUUUAUGGUGAAAGUUAUAAAAAAUAUAUAACAAAAACAAUUUCAUUUCAAAAUGAUGAUUUUAAUGAUUGCUUAAAUAUGGUGAAUAUAUUUAAUAACUGUUCUGUUGUUCAAAAUAAGUUAUUUAAUAAAACUCUAGAUAUAUGUUUAUUAGAAAAAAAUACACAAUUUUGUAAUAUUCAAUUGGAGAAGGUGAACGAUCAAAAUUAUAUAUAUACAUGUUCAGAUAUUAUAUUACCUUAUUUAUUAAGUUUUAAUAUGGAUGAAAAUAAGAAAACAACUUAUGAAUUUGAUGAUGAUAACAAAUAUAUCACCAAACAAAAGGAUGAAGAAAAUCAGAGUUUCACUAACAAAGAACGAUGUCAUGAUAUAUAUAAUUAUUUAAAAAUACUUAAAGAUAAUAAAAAAAAAGUAUUACAAGAAAAAAAAGUAUUAGAACAACAAGUCAAAAACAUAAAUAUUAUUAAUAAAUUGUAUAAAAUUUUACAUAAUAUAUUAGAAAUAUUAAAAAAUGAAACUGACAAAUAUAAUAUAGAUAUAAAAGAGUUUUUUGAAAUUAUGGAAAAUAUUAAAUCGAAUAAGUUUAUUCAAAAAGAAUAUAUAAUAUUAAUACUAAAUAAAAUAAAUGAAGAAAUAAUUCGCUCAUAUCAAAUAAUGCUUCAUUUCCCUUAUCCUAUACUGAACAACAAUACAAUAAAUGAAAAUAUUUCCUUGGUUAAUUAUAUAAAAGAACAUGUAAAUAAUUUUAUAAAGUUAUACAAAGAUAUAGCUUCGAAUGCAAAGCUUAUAAAUGAAUAUAUUAAGAAAAACAACCAAAAUAAUAACACACAUAAUGAUAAUAUAAAUCUUAAUAAAAACAUUAGUAAUGUUGACAAUAUGUAUCAUACAGACAAUAAAAAAAUUUUUAAUAUUUUACACAAUAUGAACCAAAUAAAAAAUGACUUUUAUACAAAUCACACUAAUAAUAUUCUUAAAGACAAAAAUGUUAAUGAAAUUAACAUAGACGAACUACAAAAGUUUAAACAAAUAUAUCAUAAUAUAAACAAAUUAAUUCAAAAAUAUACGAAACAAACGAACAAUUCCAUUUUCCACCUUCCUGUGCCUUCAGUACAAGAUUUCAAAAGGGAUAUUAAUAAUCAUAAUUCUUUAAUUGAUCUAUAUACAGAUCAAAUAUCAUUAUUAAUAAAGAAUAACAUUUUAUCAUAA